AUGCCUGCCCCACUGCUCCCACUGCUGCUGAGAGGGCUGCUGUCCCGCCUGCUGCUGCCUGCCGCCCGCCUGGCCCGCCAGCACCUCCUGCCCCUGCUGCGCCGACUGGCCCGUCGCCUGGGCUCCCAGGAUGUGCGAGAGGCUCUACUGGGCUGUUUGCUGUUUGUCCUCAGCCAGCGACAUCAGCCAGAUGCUGGGGAGACCUCCAGAGUGGACCACCCGGAGAGGAGGGAGAGAUUAGGCCCCCAGAAGUGA